CCUGCCUUCCUCCCGUCCCCACACACACUUAUCAGUGGCACAUUGUCACAGAAGCACGCAUCUCGUGUUGUGAGAAACACUUAAAGAAAAGAAGAAGAUAAAGAAGAACAGAAACACACAAACAUCUUACUAUCACACCUGGGAUUAACAGGAUGACUGACAGUUGAAACCUGCCGAGGAACAGGACGCUGUUUACAGGUAACAUGAUGGAAGUGGCAGGUCCUUGGACAGAAGUAUUUGAGGGCUCGGAGAGGAUGGAGAAGUCUAAUGGAGCAGACACGUUACUGGGGAGCUCCACUCUGACUCUGGCACCUCUGGUUACAGAUUCGCCGUCCGUUCGCCGCUCCCAGCCCAUCCUCAUCACCUCAAGCAGGACGAAAACAGUAGAGCACUUCUCUUCCUCUGUCCCGUCCAUACCCAAUCCAUUUCCUGAGCUGUGUAGCCCCUCCAAGUCUCCAGUCCUCAAUAAUUCCCUUCCACCAACGUCAAGUGACAAACACCUGAUCAAAGUGUACGGGGAGGACAACCACAGCAGAUCCGUGUGGGUCUCUCCACGAGCCACAGCCAGAGAGGUGUGUCACACGUUGGUCCAGACGGCUCACUGCAGCGACCAGGAGAACUGGGCGCUCCUGGAACUCCAUCCCACUCUCGGCCUCGAGAGAUGUCUGGAGGACCACGAGGUCGCGCUGGAGGUUCAGGCCACCUGGUCUCUCAAGGGUGACACGAGGCUCGUUUUCUGCAAAAACUAUGCCAAGUACGAGUUCUUCAGGAAACCUGUGCUCUUUUUCCCAGAGAGCAUGAUCUCUGACAGCGCAGAUGUCAGCAAGGGGAUGACGUCGUCAGAACUCAUUCAGAACCUGCUGAGGUCUGGUACGUGUCCAGAAAUCCAGGGUCUCCUGCACGUAAAAGAACCCAGUCGUAAGUCCUGGAAGAAGGUCUACUUCUUCCUCCGUCGCUCUGGACUCUAUUGCUCCUCGAAGGGCUCCUCCAAGGAGCCUCGACAUCUGCAGUAUGUGGCCGAUCUGGAAGAUUUGAACGUGUACACGGUGGUGAACAGUCGUAAACUGUACGGCGCACCUACAGACUUCACUUUCUGCAUCAAGCCCUCCAGGAAUCCCGUCCGCGCUCAGGACCUGAAGAUCCUGUGUGCCGAGAGCGAGCAGACGAGAACGUGUUGGACAUCUGCUUUCAGACUGUUCAAGUAUGGGAAGCAGCUUCAGUGCAACUAUCAGUUGUCGAAGUCGGCCCCGCGAAGCCCGGAAGGAACCAACCUCACGGAAAACAAGUCAAGGUCAGAGGCCAGCCUGGUGGCCAUGGACUUCUCAGGAAAGGCUGGAGGACGGGUCAUCCAGAACCCAAUGGAGGCCCAGAAUGCAGAGAAGGAGGAGGGACAAGCUUGGAGGAGGAGGGAAGCCCUCAGGUGCAGCCUUCCCAACCUGAACUCCGGUGCGAGACCUACUUCCAUCCACAGGAGUCAGCCGUGGUUUCAUGGCGGCGUGUCCAGAAAGGAAGCACAGAGACUGGUAGAGAAGCAGGGGCUGGUCGAUGGGAUGUUCCUCAUCCGCGAGAGUCAGCAGCACGCGCAGUGCUUUGUUCUGUCCCUGUGUUACCAGCUCAAGACCAAACACUACCUGGUGAUCCCCUGCGAGGACGCAGGCAGGAAGUACUUCACCAUGGACGACGGCCUGACUCUGUUCAUAGAUCUCCUGCAGCUAGUGGAGUUCCACCAAAUCAACAAGGGCAUCCUGCCCGUCUGCCUCAAACACCCGUGCGUCUGUGUCGCACUAUAAACUUCCCCCACACUGUGAGACAAACCUUCUCUUCCUGAUCAGAGUCAUUCAUGCAGGGCCUUUCAUUCAGUUUUAAAAAGUGUGAACGUCAGUCUGUGAUAUUUAAUGAAGCAAAGUCGAUAAAGGAAACUGUUAGAGUCA